AUGAUCAGUAUUAUCAUGUCCAUUGUUCAGUAUUUGAUUAUUGCCAUUUUUUUACCUAAAACAGUAAUUAGUUUAGUUCUAUCCUCUCAAACACAUUCUGGUAUAGCUGACUUAUAUCCUGCCUAUUCAUUAUCUUAUGAUAUUGUUAAAGUAAAAGAAUGGUCAAAUAGUAGUGCAUUCAAUUACAUUACUACCGUUCAUAUUGCCGAUUAUGAUCAUCAUAUUUUUCAAUAUCGUCCUUAUCCAUGUCAAUUUUAUUAUACAGAUGAAAUUCAAAUAAAUCCAAAUGAAACAACCGAUUGUGUUUAUAAUACAACAACAUUAGAUUAUGAAUAUUCAUUAAUCGUUCAUCUUGAUUCUCGACACAUUGAAACACCGAUUAUACGAAAUAUUGCUAUUAAAUGUCCAUUUAUUAAUUGUUCUCUAUCAUUGUUAUCAAUUAAAUACAUACACAUCGAUUGGAAUAAUCAAAUUAAAUUAGACCAUAAAACACAAUGUUCAUUCGAUAAUACCACUCAAUGGUAUAAGAUUAUUGAACAACCGUAUACGGUUAGUGAACCAAUAUUAAUGAAAUGUAAAACAUCAGAUUCGUGUAAACAAUCAAAAACAAUGCUUGAAGAUAUAAACAAUUUUGAAUUAAAAUAUAGUUCACCGCUAGUUUUAGAUCAACCUUAUUGUUCAAUUGAGCAAAGUUUAAAUACGGUUAUAGCGUCAAAUUUUAAUGAAACACUUCGUCUUAUAAACAAAAUUAUUCGUAUUAUGGAAAAAGGUUUUGGAAAAGUCGAUGAAACAGAACAAGAAAAAUUAGCAAAAUAUGUACGAAAUAAACUUACUCAUUAUAAUGAUGAAAUAAUUAAUCAACCUCAAACAACCACACCACACGAAAUAGAUACUUCGAAAAGUACCCACGAAACUUUAUAUUUUUUACCAUAUCCAGUGAAACCACCAUAUCCAGUGGAACCACCUCUAAAUUAA